AUGGCAGCCCAAACAAUUCACCACGCUCGUUCUAACAGCUUCCCCUUGCCAUCUAGACCAAAUCCACUUGUUUUAGAAAUUGAUGAACAUUUGAACAGAUUAAGGGACUCCAAAGCAACGUCAACCUCAUCAUCAAUAAGCCAUAAGCUGAAUGGCCUUCAGGAUUUGUAUGAUUGUGUGGAUAAGUUGCUGCGGUUUCCCUUUUCCCAACAAGAAUUAGCUCAAGAACAAAACAAGGGACCUGUUGAUGAAUUGUUGGAUGGAUCCCUUAGGCUCUUUGACCUGUGCAACACUGCUAAGGAUAUUUUGUUGCAAACAAAAGAAAGUAUAUAG